AUGCCCGAUCCCCGUUCGGACACAGUUGAACGCAUCAAUAACAGAAUUGCCCGGGCCGCGCCCUCGGGUGUCUGGUCGCGCGCUGACUUUCUCGAUAUCGGCACGCCAAACGCCGUCGAAAAGGCGCUUCAACGGCUCACCAGCAGCGGUCAAAUUCGCCGUCCCCAUCGCGGUCUCUAUGACAAACCUGGUGAGAGCGGCCUGACGGGGAAAAUGGUGUUUCCGCCACGCGCAUCCUUCGUCGAUGCGAUCGCGCGGCGCGACAAACUCCGCGUACUGGUCGACGGAAUGACGGCGGCCAACGAUCUUGGCCUCACGACGGCCACGCCGGCGCGGUCCACGAUCUAUGCCGAUACCUACCCUCGCACAAUAGCAAUCGAAGCCAAUGCCGGGGACCCGCGAGCAACCGCGCCGGUCGUCUAUGUGCUCGAUUUCAAACGCAUCUCCGCCAAGUCCGCCUUUUGGGCGGGACGGCCGGCCAUGCGCGUGAUCCAGGCGCUGGGCUGGUUUCGUGAUGAUCGAUCAAACCUCGACACCAUCCUCAAUGGCAUUGUGCGCCACCUCUCGAAAAGCCCUCAAGGCGAAGCCAUCAUCAAGGACCUGCGCGAGAAUAUCGCUGCACUGCCGGCCUGGAUGUAUCCGAUAAUCACCGAUAUCGAGCGCAACGUGACCACUAAGGGCGCGGAGGACGGCCCCACCGGCAUGUAUAAGGCGUUCAUUGAUAUCCUUCGCUCCCAGGACGAGGAGCGCAUCGCGCUGUUUUCGAGCGUUGCUGCGAGUCUCGAAACGCGCGCAGAGAAUGUCGAAAAGGACCUCUAUGUCUGCUGGAUGCUGGAUUUCCUGUUCAACCGCCGCCAGGGCGAUCCGAUCGGGCUCUACUUCAAGGGUGGCACCAGCCUCAGCAAGGCUUAUGGCCUGAUCCGGCGCUUUUCCGAGGACAUCGACAUCGGCAUCUAUAAGGCCGAUCUAGGUGUUCCCCUCGAGGCCGAUAUCGCCGCGCUGCCCUCGGUCAACCAACAGCAAAAGACGCUGGCAAAUCAGGUGGACGAAGCGGCGCGAGUCUAUAUUUCGGGACCGCUGAAAGACCUGCUGGCCAAGGAGAUUGCCGCGGUCGAGGCGGCUAGCGGUCAAGAGGGCCUGUUUUCCAUCGAGUUUGGCUACGACGCCUAUCGCGACAAGGACGCACUCGACAUUCUGGUCCUCCGCUAUAGGAGCGUCUUUGACACGAGCGGAGGCUAUGUCGAAGCAGCGGUUCGCAUAGAAGGCGGUGCCCGGCCCGAUCCCGUUCCGGCCGAGCCUCGGCAGAUCGAACCCUAUCUUGCCUCGGAAAUGCGCGCGGGGGCGGACCUGACGGUGCAUGGUGUCAUGACCGUCAAGCCGGAACGGACCUUCUGGGAAAAGGUCUUGAUCCUGCAUGCUAUGACCGAAAUGAGCGAAAAGCGUAGCCUUGAAGGCAACCCCGAACGGCCCGUCCCCGAUCUCAAUCGCUAUUCACGCCACUAUUACGACGUCCACCAGAUAUGGACCCAUCCCGACUAUGGAAGGGUCACGGCCUCCGCGCUCGAGCUUGCCGAGGCGAGCCGUCAGCACAAGGAGCUGAUGUUCCGGGCGCCCGAUCACCGAUAUGACCGCGCCAUACCGGGCAGCUUCCGACUGGUGCCAACUGCGGACAUGGGCAAAAAGCUCGCGGCCGACUAUGAGCGCAUGUCGGCGAUGAUUUUCGGCACGGCGCCCAGCUUUGAGGCCGUCAUGACGAGCAUCGAAGAGCUGGAGAAAUUCCUCAACCUGACCUUACCCACUGUUGGAGCUUAG